GAUACAGACAAUUCUUCCGCCCCACAGACAAUUCUGCCCAGUCAAACGGCACCGGAUAAUGCUAGACAAUUCUUCCGCCGCACAGAGAAUUCUAUCCAGCAAAACGUCAACGGAUAAUGCUAUUGCUAAGCGAGUUCCAAUUCCUCAAACGGAAACUCAACGGUUUAAUAACCGACCCUGAAUAACCUAUAGAAGCAAUCCAACGGCUCAUCUUUAACGUUGAUUCCUUCCUUAAAAUCUCUUCUCCUCGCCCAUGUUUCUGUAAUCCUGUUCUUCAGCCGCACCGGCUCCUGUUCUGCAUACGCAAUUACGGAUAUACGUAGAUAACACACGCAUAUUAUCUUCUCUGUUUAAUUCGUCGACUUGAUGAUCUUGUGAUUAUUUAGGGUUUUGAGAUGGCAUCAGUUGAGCCUAUACGACCAAUAACUCAUAGGACGGUCUACACGUAUUCGAAUUGCAAUCUUCACUACUCUCAUGCAUUGUGCUUCUACCACAAUCGAUCUAGGGUUUUCCACCACAACACAUACCGUUCGGUCCCGAGUUCCAUUGUCGCUCCUUCGGCGAACCUAAACACUCAAUCGGUUCCUUCGAAAAACCUAGAUAGGUUGACUAUAUGGGGUGGUUUCUUGAAAAAUCACGGACCGAGGGAGUAUAGUAGGAUCUUAGCAAAUUGCCAAGACGGCGAUUCCACGGCGAGUCAGAGUGGAAAAAGUGAGGCCAAGCCGAGUGAGGGCGAGGCCGUUAGCAGUAGCUCGACGAGUUCGGGUUCUUCCUCAUCAUCGAAUCAAAAGAGGGAGAAACAAGGGAAGAGCCAAUGGUUUUGGCCGAAUAGAGGUAAGUGGAGAUGGCAGCCGAUAAUUCAAGCGCAAGAGAUUGGGGUUCUGCUUUUACAAUUAGGGAUUGUUAUGUUUGUUAUGCGGUUACUUCGGCCUGGGAUUCCUUUACCAGGCUCGGAGCCAAGGCAGCCAACGACCUUUGUGAGCGUUCCCUACAGUGAGUUCUUGAGCAAGGUUAACUGCAACCAGGUGCAUAAAGUGGAGGUUGAUGGGGUGCAUAUAAUGUUUAAGCUGAAAAGUGAGGGAAGCAGCCAAGUGAGUGAGGCGGGUGCAAGUAGGUUUCAGGAAUCAGAGUCGUUGAUAAGGAGUGUGGCACCAACAGCGAGGAGGAUUGUGUACACAACAACAAGGCCAGUUGACAUUAAGACUCCAUAUGAGAAGAUGCUUGAGAAUGAGGUGGAGUUUGGGUCACCAGAUAAGCGUUCUGGUGGAUUCUUCAACUCGGCAUUGAUAGCUUUGUUCUAUGUUGCCGUACUUGCAGGGCUUCUUCAUCGAUUCCCUGUUAGUUUUUCUCAGCACAGUGCUGGUCAGCUUAGGAACCGCAAGUCUGGUGGUUCUAUUGGGGCAAAAGUCUCUGAACAAGGGGAAACAAUCACCUUUGCUGAUGUUGCUGGUGUUGAUGAGGCAAAGGAAGAGCUAGAGGAAAUUGUGGAAUUUCUUAGGAAUCCAGACAGGUAUAUACGGCUUGGUGCUCGUCCUCCUCGAGGAGUGCUCCUGGUGGGCCUUCCUGGGACCGGUAAGACGCUUCUAGCAAAGGCUGUAGCAGGGGAAGCUGAAGUGCCCUUUAUAAGUUGUUCUGCAAGCGAGUUUGUAGAAUUGUAUGUAGGUAUGGGGGCUUCGCGUGUGAGGGAUCUUUUUGCACGGGCAAAGAAAGAGGCACCAUCAAUAAUUUUUAUUGACGAGAUAGAUGCUGUGGCAAAAAGUCGUGAUGGUAAAUUUCGUAUUGUUAGCAAUGAUGAGAGAGAGCAAACGUUAAACCAGUUGCUCACUGAGAUGGAUGGGUUCGACAGCAACUCUGCAGUGAUUGUCCUCGGAGCUACAAACCGGUCGGAUGUCUUAGACCCUGCACUUCGCAGACCUGGGAGGUUUGAUCGUGUGGUUAUGGUGGAAACACCGGAUAGAUUUGGAAGGGAAGCGAUUUUGAAGGUGCAUAUUUCUAAGAAAGAACUUCCUCUUGCAAAGGAUGUUGAUAUAGGUGAUAUUGCCUCUAUGACCACUGGAUGUACUGGGGCAGAUCUUGCAAAUCUUGUGAAUGAAGCCGCUUUAUUAGCGGGUAGACAAAGCAAAAUAGUUGUGGAGAAAAUUGAUUUCAUACAUGCAGUAGAGCGAUCAAUAGCUGGCAUAGAGAAAAAAACUGCUAAGUUGCAGGGAAUUGAAAAGGCCGUGGUCGCAAGGCAUGAAGCUGGUCAUGCAGUUGUUGGUACAGCUGUUGCCCAUCUUCUUUCUGGACAGCCGCGUGUAGAGAAACUUAGCAUUCUGCCACGUUCUGGAGGUGCAUUGGGCUUUACCUAUAUUCCUCCAACAAAUGAGGACAGAUAUUUGCUUUUCAUUGAUGAACUACGUGGCCGCUUGGUUACUCUCCUGGGAGGACGUGCAGCAGAAGAGGUUGUCUAUUCAGGUCGUGUUUCAACAGGUGCACUCGAUGAUAUACGACGAGCAACGGAUAUGGCAUACAAGGCCGUGGCUGAGUAUGGUCUUAACCAGACCAUAGGUCCAGUUUCUAUAGCAGCACUUUCUAAUGGUGGAAUGGAUGACUCAGGAGCUGUUCCAUGGGGGAGGGAUCAGGGACGUCUUGUUGAUCUUGUUCAAGGCGAGGUGACAGCACUGCUGCAAUCUGCAUUGGAUGUUGCACUUUCUGUUGUGCGUGCUAAUCCUACUGUGUUGGAGGGGCUUGGUGCCCAUCUGGAAGAAAAAGAGAAAGUAGAAGGAGCAGAGCUGCAAGAGUGGUUGAAAUUGGUGGUUGCACCAACAGAACUUGCAAUGUUCGUGAGUGGCAAGCAAGAAUCUCUUCUGCCACUAGAGGCCAGAUCUGGAUAACAACCCUUACACAAGGAUGAUUUAUUAUCAUGCCAAUGAAGGCAUCCUCGCCUAUGGCUUUGACUACCUUGUGACUUUGUAUAUUUGAGCGAAGUAAAUUUUUGGCGCGCCAUUUUUAACACUGGCCGUCUCUUCUUUGUUCCAUGUCACAACUUACCAUCCUAGAACCAGACAGAGUUGGGGAGGCUGAAGAUUUAUUUCUCUCAUAGCCUUUUUGAGUACCUUAUAACUUAAAAGUUAAGAUCUGUUGUACAUUGGACUCUUAUUUCUGGCCUUGAGUGAUCUCACUUGAUUUCAACAUGUAUAUACACACUAAUAUUUAUUCAGUUGUAUAAAUAAAUCUUCCAUGAGAUAAAAACAAUCUCUCAUAUAUGCUGGUUUGGUAGCUCA